UGAGUAGGACAGUUCUACGGCACUUUCGGCUAAGAAUUCAUUUCAUUAUUGUAACGUUCGUUGCGUUCGAGGCAUCGCGUGUGCGCGUCUUCUCCAAACGGAACUUAACGCUUUACCGCAUUUAGUUAACGUGAAUUUCUAGAGUGCCAGUUGAAAUAGCUGUCCGUGUGUUUGUGAGUGUGUUGGUUAUUGUACGAAGCAGCAAGCAACACAGCACUUAACGCUUUCAAUUGCUUAAAGUAACAACUGAAGCGAAGAAAAUUUUCUUCUUUUUUUUUGUUGUCUUGAUGUUAACGGUGAUACAAAUUACCUGAGAAAUUUCUUACAUAUUUAUUGCUGAAAAUGAAAUUUGUGUACUAAUAUUCACACUUACAUAAGCACAUACAUACUUACAUAUGUAUAUCACUGCAAUUUGGCGCAGAAAUAAAGUGAAAUAAAAAAGAAAAUAAUUUAAGAAACCGCAGAGAAAUUACGUUCAUAAAAUUUCGUAAUUUUGUGAAAGUGUUUUGUGUCGCAUGACAAUUGGCAACUGGCAACUACUCGCCCACUGACAGUUGUGGGCCAUUUGUCGCUGAUUAAUCCACUACGCUGUCGCAUUGGCGAUUCGUCACACAUUUUCGGCUGUGGAUAUUAUGUUUUACACCUUCGCAGUGAGCGCAACCGUUUUGUAAACCAAAGAAAGUGGAAUUUAUUAUUCAUCUGCAAUAUUAUGAAAUUUGUUUGGAAAGUGUGAAAGCAAUAAAGAAUAUAAAGUACAAGAGUGUUAAGGUGAAGUGUGUUUUGCUGUGGGAGAAAAAUUGCAUUUUAAUAAGCUGAAGCUGAACCAGAUAAAGAAAUAAUUUUAAACAACAUAUCACUUCAGGUGCCAGCAAACUAAUAAUUCCUUAAAAAUCUUUGCGAAACUGAUUACCCCAUCAUAUUAGUGACAGAGUCCAGCUACACAAACCCGAAUGCAGUAUCUCACCUACGCACUGCAAACAUCCUCGCGUUUCCUCACAACGUCCGUCAACAACGCCACCACCACCACCACCACCACUACAACCAACAACACCGCCUACAACAAUAAUAUCGACCCGCAUUUGAACACUUUUAGCAGUGCACAAACCAACAACAACAUAGACACAAAUUAUCCUUCGCAUAAUCCCAACAACAUCAACAACAAUCAACAUCCGCUUCACACCAUUUCGAGCAAGACAUUAGCGACCUCUUACCGCAGCUGCAGCAGCAGCAAUCCGCCAACGAUACAAGCAGCUAAAACCUCAAACGCACAUAUCGAACCCAUCCACAGGUACCAAACGCCAUCGACGACAUUUACCAAACCAACAACAAAAGCAACGAUAACUACACUUCCACCACUUCCGCAUAACACUUGCGUCGAGUACGUCUGCAGCGGCGCCACAACGUUCGGAGCAACAUCAGAAGUAGCAGCAGCAACAGCAGCAGCAGUAGCUCCGACAGCGUCUGUAACAGCGACAGCGGUGCCGCAACCCCAAUGAAAUUUACUCACGAUUAAUGUUAGCAUUGCGCGCAACAAGCUGCUCUCAUUCUUCAAUCGCGACAUGGCCGCAACGGAUGGCCAAAUAAUAUUGGCCGCCUCCCGCUUCGGUGACACCGAACCGCCGGUAUAUUUGCGCGAAUUUUCCAAACAAAAAUUGCCCGCUGUCGCAAAAAUCAUUAAGGGGCAACAUCAGAAUCUUGGUGUGCCAACGCUCUCGGCGCCAUCGUUGCAGAGUACAGCACUUUUUCUAAGUGCCGGCAAGAAGUACCAGAUACUCGCGCAACCGAUUAAAAUUAAGGAGGGACGCAAGACGACCAAUGUUGGCGCCAAGGUGCUCAUACCGGAAACAUAUCCCGGUUACUUUGAGCUACUCAGCGAAGAUGGUCGUUCGACGCGUUGCAUCGAUUCGGUGCUGGAACUAUCGAAACGACGUAAUUUGCGCGUUCUGGUGCGUGAAACGUUCCGGUGCACCCAGAUGAAUCGUACCAUUCACGCAGGUGAACUACUAACGACGAUGAACGACAAUGGCAAAUACUUGCAAUGCAAGAAUAUAAAAGAUGAGAUUAUCAAUUUGCCACUCGAUACCAAAGCGAAAUUCUCACCGAUCGCCAAGGAGGAUAGCAUUAGCGGAGUGCACACGGUGAAGAAUCUACUACUAAAACGGAUGCCAGUCAUUGUGAGACUGGUCCAUGGCAGUGCACCCAAGGGUCUCAAGCAGCCUUUUGUUCCGGAGCUGCGUCUACUCGGCUGUGUGGAAAUCGAUCGCGUAUUUGCCCUGCCGCUGCAGAAAGACAACGAUUUGGUGCCAGUGCCGCUCAAUGUGAAAAUUAAAUUGCAACGCGCACGCAAUAUGGAGCAGCUGGAACACUUUAUUGAAUAUACGCGCUUCCUGGAGAAGGCGCAACGUUUACUGUCGGAUGCACGUGAUCGUCUGCAAGUGGUGGAUCUCAAGUUGUCGGAGAAGGAGAAAAAAGACUCCAAGUUCAGUAGUCGGAAUAAAUUGCCCGUAGUUAUGUUGCCAUCAGCCUCCGUAGCCGGCGGUCUAAUGGAGAACGGAUAUGUGCUGCGCAAGAGCGCCAGCUGUGAUGCUUACGGCAAAGGUAUUGGUGGGGCAGCGGGCAUACUCACCAGCGCCGAGAUAGCCGAGGAGUACAACGAAAUAGAUCAUAUUUACGAUUAUGUGCGCGGUUUAACGCCUCUCUCUAAGGGACUGACACGCUUCGAGCCGAUCUGCGAAACGCCGACAAUCAAGUCGCAUCACACCGACAGUAGCGGCAACUACUGCAGUCUCAUUCGUGUGGGUGCCCCAGCUAAUAGUGGCAAUACUAACAACAACAAUAACAACAAUAGUAAUAGCUUAAACGCUAGCAGUGGCAGCAACACAAAUCACAGUGGCGGUGGGGGCAGCGGAAACAACAACAAUACUAACAAUAACAACUACAGCAGUUUAGAGUCGGUGAAGCAGACGAAUACAAACACAAACACAAACAGCAGUCACAAUAGCAGCAAUCAAAGCCACAACAACAACAACAACAGCCACAACACUGGUGGCAGUGUCGGUGGCAAUCAUCAUCAUCACCACCACCAUCAGAGUCACAGCCACAAUCAUCACCACAGCCACCCACAUCCACACGCGCAUCCACAUGCGCACCAGUCAGGCGGUGGAGCGGUGGUAAAUCACUACCAUCACAGCCAUGUGCAGGAGGACAUCAAACCAGUGCCACCGCCCAUUGAGACCAUACCGGGCAAGAAGUUGCCAGAGAAGCGGCAACGACCCACACUACCAAAGCUUUAUCUGAAGAAUACGCACAGUGCGGGCAGCAACACAGCCACCGGUGCGACAGCAGCGGCUGUGGCGGCAGCGGCAGCAGCCGCCUCUGCGUCCAGUCACCAUCAUCAUCAUCAUCACUCAACGCAGGCGCAACACCCACAUGCUGGCAGCUCGACGGCUGCGGUGGUGAAUGCUACAGCUGCAGCAGUUGCAGCGCACCACUCUCAUCACCAUCACGGCAAAGUGCUAACGCCCAGCAACAGCAAUAGCAACAAUGGUGGUCACGCUGCAAAUGGGCCGCUUAGCGCUGGCCUUUUGGGCGCGAGUAAGGAAUGCAGCCUGGAACCACAAUCACCGCUCUUUCAUAUAAGGUACAAGAGUCUCAGCAGUUUGCAGCUGACACCUGAAAACACCUCCAUUGCAGCAACGCCGAUCUCAAGCAAUUCCAAAGGUAACCAGUCAGCCGCAGUGCCCCCCGAUGUGGUACUCAAAUGCAGCAGCAUCCUCAAUCAUCAGACGCAUCAUGCGCCACACUUACCACCGCCACCGCCGCCACCGCUAAGCAAAAGCGCCAGCACUGCUGGUGGCUUGGCAGCGGUGACUGGCUUGGGUAUGGGUAUGGGUGUGGGUGUGGGUGUGGGCGUCAUGCACCACAAUCCGCGCGAAGGCACACUCGACUCAUCACGCAGUGGCGGGCGCACCUCCGGCGACUCAAACAAGUUGCCCGAAAAGAAGACGCGUCGUCUAUCGCGUCCGCGUAGUCUAUCGAAUUUAGUCUGGGAUUUGCGGCCAUCCAAAGAGAAGUCAAAAAAGAAAUUAUAUAUACAUCAUUUUGAUCAUCGCCAGCAGGCGACGUUAUACUUGUAGUCAGGUGGCAGGAAAUAUGUCAGGGUGUGGUAUGAAGCAAAUGCGGGGCAAGUUUUCGAAGUUGUUGCCAUAUAUACAUGUACUUUAAAGAAGAGCAAUCGUAGAGGUAUUGGGCAGAGCUUUUUUGCGGUGGAAUGGAAUGAUUACGAACCAAUGAAUGAAGAAUGAUGUUGCCAUCACUUAAAAAAAAAAGUUACACUUAAAUGGAUUUUUAUGCAUUACCUUAAGCUUCUGAUCCGAUAUCCUUAUCCAAGUAGAAAAUGCAAAUGGAAGUGUCUUCUGCUUCUGCAAUAUCAGCGCUCAUGUCAAUUGGAAAUCACGCGAAAAACACACAUCAAUACAUUAAGGAAAAAAAUGGAAAGCAUUUUUAAAAACGAAAUCUACAUUUAUACAAAAUUUUAACCAAUAGUUUCAAACUAUGCAUAAAAAAUGUGUGCAUGGAAAAUUAGAAAUGUGACUUACAACCUUAGUAGCAAAAGCUUUAAAACAAUUUUUUCUCAAUUUAUUAAAUUGUGCCUUUUAUUAAUAAAUACAAAACACAAAAACAAAAAAAUCUUUGAAAAUGAGAUGUUAUUGAGUUGACUAAAUGCAAAAACUAAAAAUGUUUUUAUUGGCUGGCUAUCUGAAAGUACGCAGUAGUGCCUUUUGUGAACUUUGGAAUUCGGUAAAUUUACAAUAAUUUAGCCACUGGCAAAUUUUCAGUUUUUCAGUUAAAUAAUUUGUGACAAAAAUUUCAAUUACAAAAGCAACAACACAACUAGCGCAUUUUCAAUAUUUCAGUUAAAUAAUUUAUAAGAAAAUGAUUUCUAUAUCAAAAGCAACAACACAACUGGCGCAUUUUUAAUUUUUCCGUUCAAUACUUUUUAACAAAAAAUUUAAAUUACAAAAGCAACAACACAACCAGCGUUUUUUUCAAUAUUUCAGUUAAAU